AUGAACAUUUCAGGAUUACCAGCAGUGGUCAUUGACAAUGGUACAGGAUACACAAAGAUGGGAUACGCCGGCAAUGAUGACCCCAGCUUCAUCAUCCCAUCAUCGAUCGCCACACAGACUGCCAAGGGCAAGCAGACUGCCGCCUCGAUGAAGAAGGGUGUCGAGGACCUCGACUUCUUCAUCGGAGACGAAGCCGUCGCCAACGCCAAGACCUACGACCUGACCAACCCCAUCCGUCACGGUCAGAUCCAGAACUGGACGCACAUGGAGCAGUACUGGGAGCAGUGCAUCUUCAAGUACAUGCGCUGUGAGCCCGAGGAUCACUACUUCCUCCUCACCGAGCCACCCCUGAACGCACCAGAGAACCGUGAGUUCACCGCCGAGAUCAUGUUUGAGACCUUCAACGUCCCAGGUCUCUACAUUGCCGUCCAAGCCGUCCUUGCCCUUGCUGCCACCUGGACCCUCAAGAAUGCCGAUCGUACCCUCACCGGUACCGUCAUUGACUCUGGUGAUGGAGUUACUCACGUCAUUCCAGUUGCUGAAGGAUAUGUUAUUGGAUCAUCAAUCAAACACAUUCCAAUUGCUGGAAGAGAUAUUACUGGAUUCGUCCAACAGUUGAUGAGGGAGCGCGAGCCAUCGAUCCCACCAGCAGAGUCUCUCGAGAUUGCCAAGCGUGUGAAGGAGCAGUUCAGCUACGUGUGCCCAGACUUGGUCAAGGAGUUUGCCAAGUUCGACAGCGACCCCACCAAGUGGAUCAAGACCGUGCAGGCCGCCGACGCCAUCACCCAGAAGCCCUUCCAGUACGACGUCGGCUACGAGCGUUUCCUCGGCCCAGAGAUCUUCUUCAGCCCCGAGAUCAUCUCGUCCGACUUCUUGACCCCACUGCCCAAGGUGGUCGACGACACCAUCCAGUCGUGUCCAAUCGAUUGCCGUCGUGGUCUCUACAAGAACAUCGUGCUGUCUGGUGGCAGCACCAUGUUCAAGGACUUUGGCAAGCGUCUGCAACGUGACAUCAAGCGAUCGGUCGACUACCGUAUCAAGAGAUCCGAGGAGCUCAGUGGCGGCAAGAUCAAGGCCGUGCCACUCGAGGUCAACGUCGUGUCUCACUCCAGACAGCGUUAUGCCGUCUGGUUCGGUGGUUCCAUGUUGGCAUCCACUCCAGACUUCUACAACCUCUGUCACACCAAGGCCAAGUACGAUGAGAUUGGACCAAGCAUCUGCAGACACAACCCAGUCUUUAGCACUGCUUAA